CGCACGACACACGUAUUCGCUAUACAUGGGACGCUGUAGUGGGCAGACGGAGACGACCUAAUUGAGACACGGAUUCACGCUUGAUAGGCUUCGCUUUAAUUAAUGAAGAGAAUGCCUAGUUGUCUUCCAUGAUGAGGAUAUUUGCGGGCAGUAUCCUGGUCCGAUUCCAGUGAAACCUGGGCUAGCUGACUUCCAGUGGGACCACCAUGAAGUCCACCAUGAAGUCCACCAUGAAGCAGUGGAAGCAGCUGGUUGUAGCUGGGAUAGUAGCUUGGAUUUUGCUUGUUUUGGUGCUGUUCACCUACUUCAUGGACUCAUGGAUGGACAGUCUCCAAUUCUCCACCUCUUACCAAGACACGAUGCAUUUUACCUACAUCCAGAGGCACAAAGCUGUCAUGGUGACCCCAGUGGAGAUGGCCAUCGCUGGCCAGGGUGCAGACUUAAGACACGGGCCAUAUAAAAAGCCAAGGGCUGUUGAGAAGGGGGAUUCACACAUUGUGGUAGAAGAGAAGGACUUUUGGAAAAGAUCAAGAGACACACAGAUCAAGAGUUUCAGGAAAGUCGUACAAGAAAAAGACCAGAAACGAGUGGGUGAAGCUGAUGCACGGGCGCGCAACUCCAAGACCAAGUCUCUAAUCCACAGACUGUGGAAAGGUAACAUGUCAUCACGUAUGCUCAGCAAACGGCUACAGAUCGCCAUGAGGGAGUAUGUGAAUAUGAACAAGCACCAUGUGGUGUACAGGGGCCACCGUUGGACUAAGAUGGGAAGGCAAGAGCUGCUCUGCCGGCUGAAGAGCCAACUUCAGGUCCUAACCUUGGAUGGAAGAGAAUUGCCCUUCUCUCAGCUUGGCUGGGAGAAACUGGUACCGGGACAGCCUCUGAGUCAGCUCUUUGAAUCAAAAGUGCAGACCUGUGCUGUGGUCUCCUCCGCUGGAGCGAUCCUUAACUCGUCCCUUGGGAAAGAGAUCGACGAUCACGAUGUCGUGCUUCGCUUCAAUGCGGCACCCACCAAAGGUUAUGAGAACGACGUUGGCAACAGGACCACCAUCCGCAUCAUCAACUCUCAGAUUCUGGCCAAUCCCUCCUUCCGUUUCCAGACCAGCAGUCUGUACAAGGGUCUUGUUCUGGUGGCUUGGGACCCUGCGCCAUAUAGUGUAGACCUGCUGAAGUGGUACCGGAAACCAGACUACGACCUUUUCACUCCUUACGUAAGACAUCGUAAGCACCACCCAGGCCAGCCCUUCUACAUCCUCCACCCCAAGUUCAUCUGGCAGCUGUGGGACGUCAUUCAGGGAAACUCACUUGAGGACAUCCAGCCCAAUCCCCCUUCCUCUGGCUUUAUUGGAAUCCUUCUGAUGAUGGUGCUGUGCAGAGAGGUCCAUGUGUACGAGUACAUCCCGUCCCGGAGGCAGUCCUACCUGUGCCACUACUACGAGCAGUACUACGACGAGGCGUGCACCUUGGGGGCCUACCACCCUCUGCUGUUCGAGAAGAUGCUAGUCCAACGCCUCAACUUCGGUCUGGAGCGUGACCUUGACAGGAAGGGCAAGGUCACCCUUCCUGGGUUCAGCACCGUGGACUGCAGCCCCUGAGCCUCGGUCCUGACCUACCUUUUUGUAAUACUGCCUUGUAAUACUUGGACGUGAGUCAAGAUUCGAAUACGGGGUAUUAUCAGCCCUCUUUUUAAACGGAAACGAUAAGUAAGCUAGACCUUAAAAUUAUAUUUAUUGUACCAACCGUCUUUAUAAAAUGCUUUUUAAUAAGUCUUUUAUUAAAUUCGAGAUGAAUAUGAAUUUAUUCUCAAUCCUGAGAAGAAGCUGGGAUGAACAAUAGCAGCUGCUUUUAGAUAUGUUGUCUUUUUUACCUGGUGGUGAACAGUUGCAAGUUUCUCAUAAAAAGGACUUUUUCGUGAAAAGGGGCCUUUUUUAAUUUAUGAUUGUCUCUGCUGACUGGCACAGGAUUUGAAAUACCUGCAAGACAGGGUAGCAAUAGAUUUUUUUAAUAUGCACGGAAACCGCUGCAUUCUUUUUUCAUUUCAGUAACUCUUUACUACUGUAGGACUUUUCAAUGUUACUUGUCCUUUUUAUAUGCUACAUUUUAUACUGUACAUUUUAAAGCUGUUCAUGCUAAAAGUUAGUUGUCACAGAAAAAAUAUGAAAAAUUACUGAAAAAUCACUGUAAAGUGACCGAUACAGAAUAUUAAAUUCUCUCUCCUUUUUUAAUAUUUCAGCAGUUUAAGAGGCAGUGAUCACUGGCAUGAGCAAGAACUAAAGAAAUGGGCAGAUAUUUUGUAUAUUGAUGGUGAUCUGGCAUUUACAGUCUCUCUCUCCACACCCUUAC